AUGACCAUCUCUGUCUCACGUUUGCAGGUGCAGCAGUACUUUGAGAAGGGCAAGGUCAGCAGGAAGCUCUGUGGCUUCACGGAACGCUAUGGUGCCAUCCUCCCACCAUCCCGGGAGCAGUCCAGACUGGCAGGGCUCCAGCAAUUCCUGCAGAGCCUGCAGCCGGGGGUGACCAAAACUCCUGCCGCCGCCCCCCCAGAGGAGGCUGAGGUUGAGGCCAUGCGCGCUGCUUCCCCACUGAUGCACAUCGAAGGCUUCCUCACAGCCCUCACCACUGCCAACCAGGAUGGCAGAGCCAUCCUGAGCCGCCAAGGCAGCCUCAGCCAGAGCAGCCUCAAAUUCUUGCUCCUGAAUCCAGCCGUGCAGUUUGCCCAGGUGGUAAAAGAAUGCCGGGCAAUGGUCAUUGCAGGGGGCACCAUGCAGCCGGUGUCUGACUUCCGGGAGCAGCUGCUGACCUGGGCUGGGACGCAAUCCGAGCGCGUGGUGGAGUUUUCCUGUGGUCGUGUGAUCCCACCAGAUAACAUCCUGCCCCUGGUCCUCUGCAGUAGGCCCACCGGCCAGCAGCUGGAGUUCACCUUCCAGCAGAGAAAGCUGCCUGCAAUGCUGGAGGAGACAGGGCGCAUUCUCUGCAACCUGUGCAACGUGAUCCCUGGGCAGCUGGUCUGCUUCUUCCCUUCCUAUGAGUACCAGCGCCAGGUCCUUGGCCACUGGGACAAGAGUGGUCUGCUGGCCCGCCUGACUGUCAGGAAAAAGCUCUUCCAGGAGCCCAAGAGAGCCAGCCAAGUGGAGCAGGUCCUGGCCGCAUAUUCCAAAUGCAUACAGAGGUGUGGACAGGCAGGAGGCCCAUUGACCGGGGCCCUGCUCCUCUCUGUGGUGGGAGGGAAGAUGAGUGAAGGGAUCAACUUCGCAGACGACCUGGGCCGGUGCAUGGUAAUGGUGGGCAACAUCCAGUCUCCUGAGCUGCAGGAGAAGAUGGCCUACUUGGAUCAGCACCUUCCCAGGAGCCCAGGGCAGGUGCCCCCAGGGAAGGCACUGCUGGAGAACCUGUGCAUGAAGGCUGUCAACCAGUCCAUCAGUGAGGCCAUCCGCCACCAGAGGGACUUUGCCAGCAUUGUGCUCCUGGACCAGCACUACACCAGGCCCCCAGUGCUGGCGAAGCUGCCGGCCUGGAUCCGAGACUGUGUCAAGAUCAAAGCCACUUUUGGCGCUCAGUUCCUUGCACUGCGGAAGUUUCACAAGGAGAAGGCGGGGCCCUCCUGAUGGCAGCCUCAUCGCUGCCGGCCCUGGUCCCUGCUAUGUGCCGCCUUUGGAGUCCCCACCAGCCCCCACCCUGAGCCAGAAGCUGCCAGGAUCAGGGUUGCACAGUGAAGCCAGCAGGAGUGGAUGGAACAUUGGGUCCUGCCACACUGGGGCCCAGCCCAGGGCAGCUCACGAUCUGCCUGGGCACAAGAGCAGUCCCCACUGCUCUAAACACCCACCUUCCUAUGUGGAGGUCCACCGUGCCCCUUCCCUCAGCACAGAAGGGCAGAAGACUCUGUG